AUGGGAAAAUAAGAUAACAAAAAAGCACCCAAUAAAAAAAAUGGUGGAGGUGUUAAAGGUAAAAGCGGUGCGGGAAAUAAGAAUAAAAAAAAAGAUGAUGGUUCUGAAGAUUCAUCUGAUUACGAGGAAGAUGAAGAUGUUGAUUAAGAUGAUGAAGAACGCGUAGAGGAAGAAGAUGAUGAUGAUGAUUAAGAAGAAGAUGAUAAUGAUGAUUAAGAAGAAAACGGAGAAGGAGAAGAAGAGGAUGAUGAUAGUGAUGAUACAGAUUGA